CCCGGGGUUUAAUAUCCCGAGGAUUAAUGAUGAUCGGAACUGUAUCGACGGAAGUGCCAAAUGAGUCAACAUUAGAGUGGAGGAAUCUGGGAAUUGCCGCACAUACUACAUGCCUUCGCUGCAUAUGCGGAAGUAUUGCGCAAUCCCGAUCGGAUGUUAGUCCGACUUCUUACCCUGUUACUUGCCUCCACCGCAGCCCAACGAUAGCAUGGCUAGCGACUCGAAUUUCUCCUCUGUGCCCAUACUAGAUUACCCGUUGAUUCGGCAUGGCCGAAAGGCCGAGUUUGUUGAACUGUUACGCCAUGCACUCGUAAAUGUGGGGUUUCUUUACCUGUUAAAUUCCCCAGUCGAAGAGACUCUGGUGAACCGGGUGAAGGCCCACGUCUCCAAGUUCUUCGAUCUACCUAUCGAACGGAAAGAGCGACUUGCGAUGAGGAAGUCACCUCAUUUCCUUGGCUUGGAUCGUGAGCAAUUCGACUUUGCUGCGGAGCAUACGAACCGGUGGACGGAAGGUCAGCCGGAUUGGUUAAGAUUAUGGGGUCCGCCGCAGUGGCCAGACGAUGAUGAAUUACCUCGUCUUAAGCAAGACCUUGAGGCGUAUCUUGAGGAACUGAAGCACUUGAGCUUUGAGUUCACUAAUCUUGUAGAGGAAGCUCUUGAAUUGCGACCUGGUGCUUUGGAUGCUUUCUUCGAUUCGCCUAAGGAGUCUAUGUCGCACCGAGGGAAGCUCAUCAAGUAUCCCAGCGUGAGUGAGAUAUCCGGCGGUGCUCAAGGGGUUGGUCCACACUACGAUGCUGGAUUCCUGACCUUACUUCUCCAAUUGUCCGAUCUUCCUGGACUCCAAGUCCAAAACGUGUCAGGACAGUGGAUCGAUGUUAUCCUAAGACCCAACACACUAGUGGUGAACAUCGGGAAGGCUUUAGAGCAUGUUACACAAAAUGUUGCAAUUGCAACCUCACAUCCCGUGGUUUCUCCGCCUGUAGGAUCACCACCCAGGUAUUCUGUUCCGUUUUUCCAGAGCAUAAGUGAAUCAGUACGGAUUAGUGAGAUAAAACUGGACAUCCCACCCCAUAUCCUAAGUCUUCGUGAUGCUCGGCGGCCUAGUGCCGACCGGUCUCAAGGUGCGCAGGCCCUGGCCAGUGAUCAUUCUCACACAUCAUCAAAUGUUAUAGCCGUCAAUCACGGGGAAUAUCUUCGAGACAUCUCGGGCCUUGUUUACUUGACCGGACGAAUCAAGAGCCAUCCCGAUGUUGCUGAAGCGCAUUAUCCGCACUUGUACAGGAAGAUAUUUCCUAACGGUGCUCCAGAGUUUGGAAGCUGAGAUGUGGAACCCAAACAAGGUCAGAUCGUCGCAAGACUUUAAUAGUCGCAUUCUUGUCUUUGGUUAGGAAUUGAUCAAUUGCAUGCAACACUCGCUGUCCUCGUUUCGGGAGUGACUGAUCCCCCAUGCGUCGUAAUUCAGUG